AUGUCUACAAAGGCCAACAUUCAAGUUACGGCGGCCACACAUUUCACCAUUAAGCUCAACCCUAAUAACUACCCCGUAUGGAAGAAGCAGGUGGAAUCCACCCUUAUCAGCCUUGAAUACGACGGUCACAUCACCUCGGGACCUCCUCCGACGACACUCAUUGACGAAGAAGGAAAAACCAGCACAAAUCCUGAAUACCGGCCAUGGUUCUGUAGAGAUCAGAUGAUUCUCAGCGCAAUGCUAGGCAGCUGCUCGGAUGCAAUUCAGCCCCUAAUCUCUUCCGCCAACACCGCCAAGGAAGCUUGGACGAGACUACAAUCCAGCUAUGCAUCUACUUCCAGGUCACGAAUUAUCUCACUUAAAACCAAACUCGUUAAGAAUCCUAGAGGUUCUCGUUCCAUCACUGAAUAUUUACAAGAUAUGAGGGCAAUUUCUGACAACCUUGCUCUUGCCCAAAGUCCCAUCUCAGAAGAGGAUCUUAUGAUCCACAUCCUAACUCAAUUAGGAGAUGAAUACAAUGCUAUCACUGCAGCCCUUAGAGUUUCUGGUACAACCUUAUCAUAUUCAGAAAUCUUUGACAAACUCACGGAUUUCGAAAGAAGCCUAAAAGAGACAUCAGCCUCUCUCGACACAGUCCCAACCACAGUCAACUACACCUCACGAAACCAAGGCUACCAACACAGAUCAAACACCAAUCAAAACUACAACCGAAGCAAUAGAUCUUCAUCUUCCUAUCAGUCUCGUGGCAAUCAAUCUCAGUGGAACCAAAACACAAACAAUAGCAGGCCCACAAACCGAAACAAUCAGUUUUGCCAAUACUGCAACAUUCCGGGCCAUCUCACCAAAGAAUGCCGCAAGCUAGCACGUUUUCUCAAUGAGAACAACAUCCACAUUGAUGCCACGAAAACUCAAAACCCCACAGCUCAUGUCACAACCUCGACUCCAGCCUCUACCCAAUGGAUUUUCGACACAGGAGCAUCCAACCAUGUGGCGUCUGAUCGCAGCUCACUUCAUCAGCUGGCGCAAUCGAGCUCGCGAUUCCUCUUUAAAUGUUUAACGAUUGAGAAAAAAAAAACAACUUAA